AAAGCAUAUUAAUCAAUCAAUCAUCACUCUCUCUCCCUCUCUCUCUCUCUCUCGUGCAAUCCGAUUCACACAGUCACACACCGUUUUCUCUAUCUCUCUCUCUGCAAUUCCACGAUCUCCACUCGCUUCCUCGUUCAUUGCUUCUCAAUACAGCAAUCUCUGUUGCUUCAAUCGCUUUGAUUUGUUGACAUUGCUAAGAUUCUCAAUCAAUUUCUCCAUAUUGUAUGUUCGCAAGUGUUUCCAACUUCCCAAGAGUCCUCUUUCUAGGGUUUUUUUCUUUUUCUUCUUCCAUCUAAUCCAUAGUUGAGAAAUUGAAAAUUUCUUGAACAUUCGCCAGUUAUGUUCUACGCCUUUGUUAUCCUUUAUAACAUCAUUCCGAUGAUAACGAUAAAUUGCGUUAGGGUUUAAUGUAUAUUAGUUUUGGUUUUUGGGGUUAAAUUUACCUGUAACUUGGGGUUAACAUUUUGUGGGCAAAUACAAAAAAGAAAAGAAAAGAAAAAAGCUGAUUAAUCUCAGUUUACUUGAAGCUUCUUCAAGUUAGAAGUUUUUUUUUUUUUUUUUUUUCUGGGGGCUUUAAAUUUUCUGGGUCCAAAUAGUAUACUUGUGAUAGAAGAAGUGUGGUAGUUAUAGGGGUGCAUGGGUGGCGAACAUGAGGGAUGGGCAGAGCCAAAUGGGCUAUUGCCAAAUGCAGGUUCAUUGAUUCGAGUUCCUGACUCGAACAGAUGGUUAAAGGCCGAGGAGAGAACUGCAGAGCUAAUUGCCUACAUUCAGCCCAACCAACCAUCAGAAUACCGCAGAAAAGCUGUUGCAGAUUACGUAGAGCGGCUCAUCACGAAGUGUUUCCCCUGUCAGGUUUUUAAGUUUGGGUCUGUACCCCUGAAGACUUAUUUACCCGAUGGAGAUAUUGACUUAACAGCCUUCAGUGAUAAUCAAAACCUGAAAGACACAUGGGCCAAUCAGGUUCGUGAUAUGCUGGAGAAUGAGGAGAAGAAUGAGAAUGCUGAAUUUCUUGUAAAGGAGGUUCAGUAUAUUCAAGCAGAAGUGAAGAUAAUAAAGUGUCUUGUGGAAAAUAUUGUGGUAGACAUAUCUUUUAACCAGCUUGGUGGGUUAUGCACCCUUUGCUUUCUUGAGGAGGUUGAUAAUUUGAUAAACCAGGAUCACUUGUUCAAGCGUAGCAUUAUAUUGAUCAAGGCAUGGUGUUAUUAUGAGAGUCGUAUACUGGGUGCUCACCAUGGACUGAUAUCAACCUAUGCCCUGGAGACCUUGGUUCUUUACAUAUUUCAUGUUUUUAACAAUUCCUUUGCUGGACCGCUAGAGGUCCUUCACCGUUUUUUGGAGUUCUUUAGUAACUUUGACUGGGACAACUUUUGUGUUAGCCUAUGGGGUCCUGUACCCAUUAGUUCACUUCCGGAUGUAAUUGCAGAACCUCCCCGAAAGGACUGUGGAGAGUUGCUGCUUAGCAAGUUGUUUCUUAAUGCUUGUAGCUCUGUAUAUGCUGUGUACCCUGUAGGCCAGGAGAAUCAUGGACAACCUUUUGUUUCCAAGCAUUUUAAUGUCAUCGAUCCUUUACGUGUAAAUAACAACCUUGGUCGUAGUGUCAGUAAAGGUAAUUUUUUUAGGGUACGCAGUGCAUUUGCAUUUGGGGCUAAAAGACUGGCAAGAUUACUUGACUGUACCUCAGAAGACCUAGAUUUUGAAGUAAAUCAGUUCUUCAUGAAUACAUGGGAUAGGCAUGGCAGUGGCCUGCGUCCUGAUGCCCCGAGGACUGAUCUGAGGCACUUGAGAUCAUCCACUCCUGAUCAACUUCUUGUGCCUGAGAAUCAUAAGAACAAUUUACGUGGCAAAAAAAUGAACGACAAUUCCUAUGGUCAUGAGAAUGAGAUUGGGGGUACUCGGCCACGUGGUGUUUCCUCCCAAAACAGCAGUACAUCAGAAAGUAUUUCUAGAACCAAUGAUAUUUCUGCACCUUCUCGCACUCAAAGCCAGAAGAAUUAUAGCAACAUGAACAACUCAAGGGUGUCUGAUCAGAUUGUACGGGGAUUUAAUUCUAAUCAGAUUGCACAAUCUGAUAUAGGUCGAUUAAAUUUGAAACCCGAUCCCGUGGUGAAUGACAUCCAGGGAAGGUGUUUUUUUGCCAGAACACGUUCUAGUCCUGAGCUAACCGACACUUAUGGUGAUGUGUCUUUUCAUGGAAUGCAUAACAAACCACCACAAAGUGGGAAAAGCCAGGCUACUUCUGCAAGACUCGAUGGUGGCAGGAGGAAGAACCUCCGGUCUGAAAUUUCAGCAAGCCAUAGUGGCCAAUCUUGUAGUGAUGAUCCUUCAUCUGUCAGGCAAGUUCCAUCUCGUCAAAGUGUUGAUGCUAAUGCUGAUGCUGAUGCUGACAUGAACAGCAGUUCAAACAGUUAUCUCCGUGAUUCAGGCUUUGGUGCCAUGAGUGAAGAGAUGUCAUCCACCUUUGGGACACAGGGAAUGCAUCAGGAAGAUCAAGAUCUAGUGAACAUGAUGGCAUCUUCUGCCACGCACAGUUUCAAUGGCCAGGAUGUGCCACUCAAUUUAACUUCAGCUCACCUGCCUUUUCCAAUCUCUCCGUCCAUCCUAGCUUCUAUGGGGUAUGCCCAGGGAAAUAUGGCUGGGAUGGUUCCUACAAAUUUUCCAUUGAUUGAUCCUUCAUUUUCACAUAUUCAAUUUCCUCAUGGUUCGGUUUCUAUGCCAUUAGCUCAUUAUUUCCCGGGCAUUGAAUUGGCCUCAAAUUCAGAAGAUUCUAUAGAGCCAUGUACGGAGGAUUUCGGUUCUGCACUAGUGAACUCAGGGGAGGCUGAUGAUAUCUGGACGGAGCAGGAUUUGGAUUCUACUGGAGGCUGUGACCCUGAUAAUGGGAAUUGUGAAAUGCUUCCAACAAAUGAUAAGCCACCCUCAACAGAAGCAGGCUUUGACUUUGCUCCCCCUUCUCAGAUGAGUGGAUCUGGCAGUUCUAUGAGAGUCCAACAAAAGUAUACUAAAGAACAACAAGCAUCCACACGGGAAGAUUGUCUAGAUAAUUGCCUCUAUCAAGAUAAAAGAGGAUAUGAGGUAUACUCUGAUGAAAGAACGACAAGUUCAAGGUUCUCUUCUGCUGCUCACAGUGGUUCUCUAAGAAGUAAAACCUCUUCUGAGAGUUCCUGGGUUCGAUCAUCUGCGAAGGUCUCAAAGUCAACAAGGGAAAAAAUGGGAAAGAAAAUGGUUCCUUCAGAGCCCUCUGCUGAAUAUGGGAAAGGGAAAGUUAUGUCGGAACUUGUUUCUACGCAAUCUAAGGAGGAUGAUCAGGAGUGGAAUCCACUGUCAAACACGGGAACUGAAAUGGCAGAAAGAAACUCAGGACAUCUGUCUGCUGCGUCUUUACACCCAAUGCAUCACAUACCUGGAUACGAAUCCCAGACAAGCAGACAAGAUUCAAUGGCACACAUUGCUCCCAUGCUCUUAGGACCUGGUUCUAGGCAAAGAAUGAUGGAUAAUUCUGGGCUGGUUGCCUUUUAUCCUACUGGGCCACCGGUUCCAUUCCUUACAAUGCUUCCGGUGUAUAAUAUGCCACCUGAAACUGGAACUUCUGAUGCAUCGACAAGCAAUUUUGGUGGGGAGGAGGGUGUUGAUAAUGGGGAUUCUUUUCAGAACUUCGCCGAUGGACUUGACCAGUCUGAGGAAUUAAAUACUUCUAAUUCUGUGGGAGGGGUUGCUUCUACUGAGACAUCAGAUGAGCAUAAGUCUGACAUACUUAACAGUGACUUUGCUAGCCAUUGGCAAAAUUUGCAAUAUGGACGGUUUUGCCAAAAUCCACGGCCCCAUGGGCCUCUGGUGUAUCCUUCACCUGUCAUGGUACCACCCACGUAUCUGCAGGGCCGUUUCCCAUGGGAUGGUCCCGGAAGACCUGUUUCGGCCAACAUGAAUCUCUUCACUCAGCUUAUGAGUUAUGGCCCUCAUCUUGUUCCUGUGGCUCCUUUACAGUCUGUUUCUCACAGACCUCCGAACGUUUAUCAACGCUAUGAUGAUAUGCCAAGAUACCGUUCUGGGACUGGGACUUACCUGCCAAAUCCUAGGGUUUCUGCUAGGGACCGGCAUUCCUCAGGUACCAGAAGGGGGAAUUACAAUUACGAUAGAAGUGACAACCAUAAUGACAGAGAUGCCAACUGGAAUUCAUACUCAAAAUCACGGGCUGCUGGGAGGAGUCACAGGCGCAGCCAAACAGAGAAGUCAAGCUCAAGGCUGGACCGGUUGCCUGCAAGUGAGGCCCGAGCAGACGGGUCGUGGAGCUCAUACAGACAUGACUUCUUUCCUUCAUACCAAGCACAAAAUGGUCCAUUACGCUCAAAGUCCGGUCAGAGUAGCGGUCCUAGUGGGCUGUAUGGCAUGCAAACUUUACCAGCCCUGGACGCCAAUGGAGAGUCAUCAAAUGGACCUGAUGUUUCAUAUCUUGUGAUGCAGUAUCCAUUCGACCAUAAUGCUGGUUAUGGUUUGCAUGCUGAACAGCUUGAGUUUGGGUCUCUAGGCCCGGUGGGUUUCUCAGAUAUGAACGACCAGUCCCCACUGAGUGAGGGAAGUCGGGUUGUGGGACCAUUUGAUGAACAUAGGUUUCAUGGGGCUCUAUGCCACGGUCUUCACCAGAUCAGCCAUCUUCACCCCAUCAUGAUAGGAGGAUUUGACUAUGUUGGAACACAGUGGUCCAAUUGAAUUAUCAGGUUGAAGAUGAGGAUUUCCCGCCUCUUGCCUCCCCAAAACAGGUAGAAAAUGAUGAUGGGAGAAGCUUUAAUGAGGAACCAUCUCAUUACCAGGUUUUCCUGUUCUCAUCUCACACGCAAAACCAAGAGGAUCUUAGUUUCUGAUGGAGCUAUCUCUUUAUAUUGUUUGCUUAUGAAAUGGUCAUCCAUAGAUAACUCAGUGUCUGUAAACUAUCUAGUCAGUUUCUAACCCACUGCCCUCUUCAAGGAUAUGGAAGCUUGGCAAGAAGGGGGAAGCAGGACACGCGUAGAUAUCUGUUUUUGGUCCCUUUUUUCCCUGUAGGAUUUAACCCAUUGUAAUUCCAUGGACGUAGAAACUCCACUGAGAUUCAGGAUUCAGGGUUUUACCCUGUUAUACACGUCUGUUCCAAUCAGGAUUUUCUUCCUUAUUAGAGUUUUGAUGGAUAAAUUCAGUUUAUACUAGUUACUUUUGACUCUUGGUCAACAUGUUGACAGUGUAGCAGAUAUCAUUGGCGGUUGAAAUAUUAGAGUACGGAGUUUAUACUGAUGGUAAAAAAUUGAUGCUCUUUCAUACUGUUGUGGUAAUUGUGAUUAUGUAAUUUAAAAAAAACUGUGUAUGUUCGGGAUGCAAUAUAUGAAUUUUUUUUUUUUUGGCUAGAG